UGCUUGUUUUUAAUUUUCUGUUUUACAGUAGCAAUGGUAUAAAACUACAUAUUUAUUAAAAAUUUAUGAGUAAAAUUACAUUUUUGAUGACUACAACCUACUAAAGAUGAGUACGUGGGGCUUUGAUUUAUGGGAUCAACGUGAUAUUAUUGAAAAACAUACUCAUAAUGGAAUAGAAUUUUUGGAUAAUUGUGCCAGAUUUAUGAAAGAAAGAAUACGUGUUGAACAAGAAUAUGCAAAAUCAAUGAGGAAGCUUGUUAAACAAUAUCAAUUCAAAAAGAAGGAAGAGGAUGAUUUACCGUAUACUUAUCAGCAUGCAUUUAAAAAGUUACUUCAAGAAACAGAUGAUUUUGCUGGACAAAGGGAAGUCAUUUCCGAAGAAGUCCAUAAUCAAAUUUUAAAAGAGAUGCAAAAAUUAUCAUCAGAAUCAAAAGUAGAGAGGAGAAAGGCUUUACAAACUCUUAAUGAACAUAAAAAUCAUCUUGAACAACUAAACAAAGCAUUACAAGUGGCAAAAAAUAAAUAUGACAAAGCUAGUGAAGAAGCAAACACAGCGUUAAAAGUAUACGAUACAGCUACACAAGCAUUGGAUAUAACCAAGGCACAGAUUCUCAAGUAUCAAAAGACAUCACAGGAAAAAGGACAUGUUGCAGACAAAGCAAAAGAAGAUUAUAAGCUGGCGUUAGACAGCUUCAACAAAACACAAACUCUUUAUUACCAGGCAGAUUUACCUGACACAAUUAAUAAAGGUUUACAGAGUCCAGAAGAAAGUAGAAUCAACAAGCUUGCUGGCUUCUUUUGUCAGUUCGCGCAAAUUCAACAGAAAGUUAAUCCCAUAGUAUUGAAAUGUUUUGAAGGCAUGGUUGCUGCUGGUGAAUCGUGUGGUCCAAAUAAGGAUUCUCUUACUCUGAUUGACCGUCACAAGACUGGUGAGAGCCCACCUGGCAAUUUACAACUGGAAGAGUGGGGAAAGCCCAGUAAUUCGUUAGCGGCUCCAUCACCUGUGUCGAAGUUAAAACCCAGAGGCACCAAGCCAAACAAGUUUGGUAUGAGCAAUAAAAAGAAGGAACAACUAAACAAUGAAACUUAUGCGAACGACUAUUCUGAUCUACCUCCUGCUCAGAGGAAAAAAAAGUUCAACAAAACCAUAGCUUCACUAGAAGACCAACUCAACCAGCUUGAAAAGCAAAGAGCUGGUAUGCUGAAAAUAGCUGAUACGAGUAAACAAUUUGGUGGAGACAUGGCUUCCAUCCAGGGACAAAUAGAUGCAAAUGAAAAGGAUGCUGAACGAGUAAAGGGCUUACUGCACCAAUAUAAAUGCUACCUUGAAGCAAUGGAUGGAGAUUCGGGCAGAAAAUCCUCCCGCCCUACUUCAAAUGCUGAUUUUCCCCCACCGCCUAUUGAGAAACCGGAUGGACUUCAAGCUCCUCAAUCGCCGGAGUUUCCAAAUGACGAAUUUGAUGACGAAUUACGGUGUUCUGUCCUGUACGAUUUCUCAGGAAACAACGAGGGAGAGAUGAGCGUGUACUCCGGUGAGGAGCUCGCCAUUGUAGAGGACGAUGAUGGUAGUGGAUGGACAAGAGUGUUACGCGGCGAUGAAGAAGGCUAUAUUCCAACUUCGUACGUACAAAAGAUUUAAUGAAGUGGCUCUGUUGAGUGUGAUAAUAAUUCAGAUAAAAUAAUAUGAGAAGUUCUUUACAAUAAGUCGAAUAUGAAGUUAAUCUAAUCUGCACUUACAAAAGAAGAGAACUGCAAAGACAAUUAUAAUUUUAUGUUCGUGUGUCCGCCAUAAAUAAUUUUUUUUUAUAAAUAUAGAUUUUAAAGUUAUCUAGUUCAAUUGAUGAACGUCAGCUAGGUGUUUACAAGAAGUAAUCAUCUAGCCUUGGUCAUGUUUAUCUUCUGAUAAUUUUGCUUGCUAUUUCAUACCCAUAAUAGAGGAAAUUAAGCCUUACAAUUUUCCUUACGUUUUUGUUAAAAUCUCCUACUUAUUCUAGCUUAUUACACUGUUUUAUAUUUCGUUAAUGUCCGUCGUACUUAUGCGUUGGAGAUCAGUUAAUUUCUGAUGGUAUAUAAUUUUCUAGUGUUAUGCCUAUUGUUUGUGAGAUGUUUAAAGUGAGAAUUUCUAUGUAAUAGGGUGCGGGCUCCUGUACAUACCCAAAUGUUUUUUUAACAGAUGUUAUAGGAAGCGAAAAGCUUUAAGAGUCAAAAGCAAAAAAUGUUAUUUAAUGAGAACUGUGCAGAAUUUCUCUUCUCUUAAAUGAAGUUUACACAAGUAGAUACUAAAUGGUUUAAAAUGGUUUGAACAUCGCUGUUUAUGUUACUAAUAAUCACGAAACUUUUAUUAGGAAGGUUCUGUACGAAUUUCGUUACUUUUAUCUCCGUAGUUGUAAAUUAUAUAUCUUUUCUUCGGGUGAACGCCCAAAGCGCUUAAUAUUCUUCAAUUUUUAAGGGGAGGGUUUUUUGUUAAAAAGGUCUUGUCUUGAAUAAAAGCCCCCUUUAACAUUAACUAAGUGGGGCGUUUUCAGUAGCAGAAAGGUGGCGGCGUUUAAUCAUAACUUUACGGCAUGCAGUAUAUACUUUGUGAAAGCUAUACUUACGGUCUUCUUAUUAAAUUUUGAUGGUGUUUGGUGAAGUUCUAUCCGUUAUCCCUUUUUCUUACUUUUUAUAAUUUUGUUUAUCAUUAUGUUAUCAUCAAGUUUUUUAAUCAAUAAGAUAUUUUUUUUUUUGAACUUCAUAACACUUGCUUAUUCUCAUUUUGCUAGCUAUAUUACAGUAUUAAUUUUGUAAUCAUUUUUUUUUUGUUAUCCAGAUAAACUGUAUGAGAUUAAUUUUAGUAGAGCAUAUUAAAUAUUUUUGUACAGUCCUGGUUUUAUUGCAGAAUAAAAGAUUCGCAAACGCUGUUAGAUUAAA